GUCAGCCUAGUGUGUUUACUGUGCAGUGUAAAAUAAGUAUGCUUUAAAACUACAACAAACUAUGCUACUUAUAGGCUUACUAGAGAGCACAGUUUUAAUGAAAAUUUUAAACAGUUAUUUGUUAACCAGUAAAAUAUCAGUUACUUGUUCCAUAAUUUCAGUGUAUUUUCAUUCUGUUUGAUAUCUACAAGCAGAAAAGUUUAUGAAUUGAGUAUAAGUGAAGAGGAAAAGGAGGAGAUUAGCAGACUAAAUAAAGACAACACUGGUGCAUUUAUCUAUUUUAGCUAAUGUGGUCUCCCAGGGCAUAAAUACGAGUGUGUGUGCAUGAGUGUGUGUGCAUGUGGGUGUGUGUUUGUGUGUGUGAGUCAGUUAAAUACAGAUACUGCAAGAGAGAUAUUCUGAUGAAGGUCUCUGGGCACUUCAAACUGGACUCUGUCUUACUCCAAAGAAAAUGAGUUAUUGAUCUACAUGGAGCAAGUUCCCUUGAUUAGCCCUCAGUAUGAAGGCACAGUUGAUCAUAUGGACUAGAAAGCUGAGUGCUGACAUUUCUGACGUUAGUGGAGACUGACAUUGUGUUAAAGAGCGGCUGUUCACUAGCAGGAUGGGUUGCAUUUGCAGUGGUGAGAAUAAACAUAAAGAAAGACAGUAUGUAAAUAACAACUCAGCCUCCAAUAACUCACAUCAAAGAACACAUGGGCAGAGAGGGGCAAACAGCGAUGAAGAUAUUGUCAUUGCACAACAUGAUUUCAACCCAACCAACGAAAGCGACCUUCCAUUUAAGAAAGGAGAGAAACUCAAGAUCAUACAUGAGAAUGGGGACUGGUGGUUGGCUAAAUCUCUAGUUACUGGAAAUGAAGGAUACAUACCAUGCACGUAUGUUGCCCGAGCCCACACGCUGGAGGUUGAAAAUUGGUUUUUCAAAAAUCUGAGCCGCAGAGAGACAGAGCGCCUUCUGCUAGCCCCGGGGAACAGGGUCGGUUCAUUUCUCGUUAGAGAGAGCGAGACAACUCCAGGUGCUUUCUCCCUGUCUGUAAGAGACUUGGCACCAGAGCACGGUGAUGUGGUCAAGCACUAUAAGAUCCGAACGCUUGAUAAAGGUGGAUACUACAUCUCCCCCUCCCUGACCUUCUCAUCUCUGCAGGAACUGAUACAGCACUACACCAGAUCAGCAGAUGGUUUGUGUCAGAGACUGGGAAGCCCCUGUAGGUCUGCUGCUCCUCAGAGGCCCUGGGGUCAGGAUGAGUGGGAGAUCCCGAGGGAAACAUUAAAGAUGGUGAAGAAGUUAGGUGCUGGGCAAUUUGGAGAAGUCUGGAUGGGUUACUAUAAAAACAACCAGAAGGUGGCCAUUAAGACUCUAAAAGAGGGCAGCAUGGAGCCAGAGGCCUUCCUGCAGGAGGCUAAUCUGAUGAAGAAGCUGCAGCAUGAGAGACUUGUUAAACUGCAUGCUGUAGUCACAAAGGAACCCAUCCUCAUAAUCACAGAGUACAUGGCAAAUGGGAGCUUAUUAGACUUUCUGAAAACUGAAGAUGGCAGAAAACUAAAACUGCCCAAGUUGAUAGAUAUGGCAGCUCAGAUUGCAGAGGGCAUGGCCUAUAUAGAAAGAAAAAACUACAUUCACAGAGACCUUCGAGCUGCCAAUAUAUUGGUGUCAGAAACCCUGCACUGUAAAAUAGCUGACUUCGGCCUGGCUAGGAUUAUAGAGACUGAGUACACGGCACAGGAAGGUGCAAAGUUUCCAAUAAAGUGGACGGCUCCAGAAGCGAUAAAUUUUGGAACAUUCACCAUCAAAUCAGAUGUCUGGUCCUUUGGCAUCCUCAUGACCGAGAUAAUAACCUAUGGACGAGUGCCUUAUCCAGGAAUGACGAAUCCAGAGGUGAUUCGAAACCUGGACAAGAUGUACAGAAUGCCGUGUCCAGAUGACUGCCCUGAAGAACUCUACACCAUAAUGUUGGCAUGUUGGAGAGAAAAAUCAGAGGACAGACCCACAUUUGAGUACCUGCAACACACACUCAAUGACUACUACAUUGCCACUGAGGGCCAGUAUGAGAUGCAGCCUUAACUCCAGUAUCCACUCCAAACAAACAAACGGAGAGAAUACAAAAACACACAGGAUAGAAACGUAUGAAAAGGCUAGAACAUUUUUUCAAGAUGUGAAGUGACGCAUACUUUCUAGAAGUGGCCUAAUUAAUUACUGUUGUUGUUCAUAUCUCAAUGGAAUCAAUCAAGGACAUUCAACUGUAUCCCUGAAUUCAUGGAAAAUUGUGGAACACUUUGGAAUUUGGUCCCCAGGUUUUCGUGCAUCUGAACCAGGACAUAGAGUUUAGUGAGAUGAUGUACAGUAUAAUACAUCAUUUCUGUUCAGGAAAACCUUGAGGAACUAAUCUAUAGAAUAGCUCUAGCUUUGGGACAGUAUUUACCUACAGUACUACAAGCUCAACGUGACACAUCACAUUUACACUUAUUGCAACGUUGGAGUCAAGCACCGACUGUGGCACUUUGAGGUAAACGCUUGGCUCACCAUUAUUACUGACCUGCAAACAUGGCUGUCAAUCUGUUCUCUUUAACUUCAUGAAGAUCAGCCAGGUGUGGCAAUGCAGGGAAACAAAAAAUGCUUCAGCAUGGAUAGCAUUGAAGUAUUUAGUAGCGAUUAGCAUUUGUUAUGUAAAGCCUGAGAUUUCUGAUAUUUUAUAUAUAUAUGUAUACUUUUAA